GAUAGCAUCCUUAUCCCACCACUUAAAAGGUUAACCUAGACGCACCUUUGUAUCUCUAGCAAAACUCGAUCGAUCUAACUGUUCACGGCGAUUCCACCCGUUUCUACAAAUUUCCGAUUCAGAUCUACAAAACUCACCUUGCCUCAGCUGUGAGUGUGCAGCUCAAAGAUGCUCGCCUUUUGCCUAAAAGAACUACGGGUUCGUAGCUAUUAUUUCGGUUCAGAUCUACAAAACUUUCGCAGAACAUCAUCUUCAUGGAACCUGAUUCUCUCCUCCCGCAAACUCCAUGAUGCUUCUUCUACAGCUCCUCCUGUUGAGAAGAAGCUUAAGCUUCUUGACUACGCUUCAAUGAGACAAGAGGAAACAAUUGAGAGGAGGACACAGCUUUGUGAAAGCGAAAGUGACCGCAAGACACUGAUUUCGGAUGCGUUGAAAAGUAUAGACAUUAGAUGGUAUGUUGCUAAUUUUAAGGUUGAUCAUAUCAUAAGAAAGAUGGAGAAUUUGACUGGUGAAAUUUUGCCUGCUUCCUCUAUGUAUGAAAAGCUAGUAUUGUAUUACAUUGCCACUGUGGAUAAGGUGGAUGUAGCUAUUGAUUUGGUUGAUGUAAUGUCUGAAGCAGGCCUUACGCUCUCUAGUCAUGCAAUGCAAUCUUUAUUAGAGACUUGUUCGGAAACUGAUCAACAUUUUCGGGUUUUUGAAAUCUAUUCCAUCAUGAGUCGCCAUCCCCACCAUUUCGAGUUAAAUGGAAAGAUUUGCUGGCUUUUGGUACACUGUUGUGUAGUGAUGAAAGAUUUUGAAUGUGCGUACAAGAUGGUUAAUGAAUUGCAGAAAAAGUAUUUCAAAUACAAAACAACCAUGUAUAAUGCCAUUAUGGCAGGAUAUUUUUUCGAGAAAAACAAAAUUGGUGGGUUGGAGGUUCUCAAACAAAUGCGAGAUGCCAACGUAAAGCUCGAUUCAUACACUUUCAGCUAUUUGAUUGAAAAUUGUGAAACAAAAGAAGAGAUUAAGAAAUAUUAUGAAGAGAUGGAACAAUCUGGAAUCCACUUGACAAAAGAAGUUUUUGUAGCCCUGAUUCAUGCAUAUGUACCUUGCGGUGAAUAUUAUGAAGAACGAGAUAACAAGGAUGUGUUAUGGAAUUUACAUGGCGAGUUGGAGAGGGUGCUUCUCCUACUCAAGGAGUUGAGUGGUCAAGAUUGGGUUGACGGUUGCAGGUGGGCUAUCCGGUACUCAGUUCAAAACAAAAAUUUAAGUUCUACCAUUGAACUGUUUAAACAACUCAAGGAUUAUUACAAAAAUGAUGCACCCGAGAGAAGUGAUCCUUUAUAUUUCGGAAGUAAGAAACUGGUUUUUAAUGUUGAUGAAGCGUAUUUUCUAAUGUUGGAAAUUAGGUCCACCACAUAUUUGCAAUUUGGAUUGGACUUGCUCGAUCUAAUAAAAAAAGAGCUUGGUCUUGUUCCUUCACAAACGUGUCUUGAUGUACUCCUAAAACUUUGUGCCCUAUCAGAAGAUUUGAAUAAUGCUAAUUUGGUUUGGAGAGAAUUUGCAUCUGCCAAAUGUUUGUAUACUACAUUUAGCUACUUGAGUAUGUAUAAAGUACUUUUGGCCGCAGGAGAUCACAAAUCUGCUGACAUUAUGGCCAAUCAAAUUCCAAGUAUUUUAUCUGGUUAUGUUUCCAAGCUGAAGGAGCGCUAUAGCGCCAAAAAGGAUGACGAACUGGUAUCCGAUACGUAGGGUUGGCAAAACGGGUCCAACACGUCGGGAUGUCCUGUUUAGCCUGUUAUUUUUAGCGGACUUGUUUCAUAUGGUUGGCUCGCCUGCUUAACUCGAUGAAUAAAGGGGCGGACACGAGGCGGGGCAGGUCCUCUUGCUUAACUGGUUUUUCUUUUAUUGUUUUAGACUUGUAUUAUCCUUAUUUUAAGAUUUGUUUUAUGUUGACGAUUUUACUUAUUUUGCUAUUAUUAAGUAUGAUGUUGAGUUCGACAAUUUGUUAUUUACUAGACGUCUACCUGUGCGACACACAUACAAUGUUUAUAGAAUUAUUCUUAAUAA